GUCCCCGUCACUCGCCGGUCGCCGCCAUCCCGCCCAUGGCGCUGCGAGCGGCCCCGCCGCGGUUCGGGCCGCUGCAGCUAGUGCUGGCGGCGGGGGCGGCGGCGGCGGCGGCGCUGGACGUGUUGGCCGACGGGUGGGUGGCGGCGGGGUACGCGCGGGACGGGCAGCCGGGCUGGGCCGCGCUGGUGCUGGCGCUGCUGGCCGCCGCCUCGCUCGCCACCCAGGCCUGCAGCUGGCUCUGGCUGCGCUCCGACCCGCCCGCCUUGCGCCCCGGCCUGCCGCUCUGGCUGCUCGCCGCCCUCCACCUCCUCCAGCUCGGCUUCCUUUUCAGGUGCCUCCACGCUCUGAAGGUGGGCUGGAAGGUGUGCACGGCAAAGGCAGAGGAAGAGGAGGAGCAGCAGCACAUGGCCUUCCUCUCGCACGACAUCAGCAUGCUGCGCCUCUUCGAGACCUUUCUGGAGAAUGCUCCGCAGCUCACCCUGCUCCUCUAUGUCAUCCUGAGGACCAACAAGGCAGAGCCCUCCCAGUGCCUGGGGCUCUGCACCGCGUUCCUGUGUGUGACCUGGGCUCUAGUGGACUACCACCAGUCCCUGCGCUCCUUCCUGCAGGACAAGCUGGAGCUGGGCUGGGGCUCCUCUGCCGUCUACUUCCUGUGGAACCUCUUCCUCGUCUGUCCCCGCGUCCUGGCGGUCGCCCUCUUUGCCCUGCUCUGGCCCUACGGCCUGGCUGUGCACUUCCCGCUGGUGUGGCUGGCGAUGUUCCUCUGGGUCAGCCUGCAGGGCACGGACUUCAUGGAGUCUCCCGGCCCCGAGCAGCUCUACCGGGCCAUAGUGGCUGUCGUCCUCUACUUCAGCUGGUUCAACGUGUCCUCGGGCAGGACGCUGCAGCGCAGCAUCAUCUACCACAGCUUCAUGCUGGCGGACAGCUCCCUGCUGGCGCUCUCCUGGCUGUGGUGCCGCUCCCCCUCAGAGGAGCUCUCCUACCUCAUCCCGGUGCUCUCCGCCGCGCUGCCCUGCUACCUGCUGGGGCUGGCACUGAGAGUCACCUACUACAAGGGGCUGCACCCCAACAUGUGGGCACAGCAACAAGGUGGCUACGACGAGGUGGAUGCCAGCAGGAGCUCUGGGCCAGAGCUUGUGAACAAGAGGAUGCAGAGGCUGGCCCAGGCCCAGUUCCCCAUCUCCUGGCCAGCAGCACAGCAGUUCCUGGAUGGGGCCACUGAGUCUGCUGUCUGAGGCCACUGCCACCAUGUGACUUUCUGGGGGGGGACACAGAUUUGUUAGCUCUGCUCCUGCUCCCCCAGGCUGUUAUUUUGGGCAGCCGGGGGGACCUGGCAGACAUUAGGGCUGGCCCUUGGCGAGUUCCGUGGCACACAGCAUGGCUCCCAUGGCUCUGUCCUCACAGCUGUGGUGCUGUGGGGGAGGUCCAGCACCCUGGGGCUGCGCUGCUGGGGGCCCUGGCACUUGUUAUUUAUUAUCAGCUUUUCCACAAUAAGCAGUGGGUUGGUUUCUUGUUGGUGCUUCUCCUGUGCCUGCUGCCACUGUUGGUGCCCGAGGAGGUGGUGCUGGUAGGGCAGAGCUCCUCUGCUCCUUGGCAGCAGUUAUUUGUUCUUUCUGUUCCCAGCCAGCAUUUUCUGCCCUGCCGUGAAGGUCAAAGAUUGCUCUGUUAUCGCCGGGGCAGGGAGGGGCUGGAGGAGGCAGGGAUUCCUCUGCGCUGCUGGCGCAGCUGGCCCAGGUGUGCAGGGGCGGUAAGGUGCCCGCACCCGUGGGAGGGUGCCAUGGGCCAGUGCAGGGUCAGGGUGCUUGGGGGCCGUGCCCUUACCCUGUGGCAGAGCUUUGUCCCUUUGGAAACGGGAGCACAUUUCAGUGGGGAUUCUCCACGGGCAGAACCUUUGUCCUGCCCUUUGCCUCCUCUGCUGCCUUUCCCCUCCUGCUGUGGGCUGGGAGAAUGGCACAGCUGAAGCUUUGUGCUUGAAGCUGGGCAGGGUCCUGCUGCCUUUGUCCUUCAAGCAGCAAGUGUUUGUGGGGUGGGGGCUGGCAGCAGCACCAUGGGGCCCUGUCCAGGGCAGGGGGGCAGUGAUCCUGGACCUCACACCUAGCUCAUGAGGGACUCCUGCAGCCUCUGCUGGCUUUCCCACCGCACCCUGGGAGGUGCACUCAUUGUCAUGACCAGGCUGGCAUCCGCCACUGUUUUCUCAGCCGCUGAUGUGGUCAGCAGUUGGCUCUGCGGGUUCCUGGCCAUGAACGCCCGCUGCUGCCCAGGUGGGGCUGCCCCUGGCUCAGUGCCAAAGCCUGAGCAGGCCACCAAAUGCCCCCUGGCUCUUCAUCUGCUGCCCAGCCAACAGCCUGGCUGCCCAUAGCACUGGCCCAUGAACCUUUCACCUCAUUUCCAUUGCCCACCUUCCUGCCAGGACUCUGUCCAGGAGGGGGUCACACCCCCACCCCCACCACGUACCAGGGCAGGGGGAGGCAGCAGGAGGCAGGAGCAGCUGAGAUGCUGCUUUCACAGCUGGGCCUAGAACAAGAUAAGCACAUGGCCAAGGACAGUGGUGCCACAGCAGAGGGGGAGGGUUGGGUGUUGGCCUCAUGCAAAAGGGAAACUUUGUGUGGCACUGUUCAAGGGCUGGUACCUCCCCUGCUGCCCCUCACAGCACCCUCCAGAGGAGCCAGGUCUCUGCCGCAGGCACUGACUGAGGGCCAACAGAGGCUGAGGCAGUGGCUACAGAAAAUAAACCUUUCGGUUUUGUGCA